UACAGUACUAUUGUACUGUACUUUGUUGGCAUUAUAAUACUAAAUGAACUUUGUGCUACAGAUUCAUGAUGGUAUUGACUGUGGAUGAAAAACUUUUUAAAAUAUACGUUCAAACAUGUCUUAUCUUAGUAUUAAAAGUGAUUUUUAUGACAAUUUAUAUAAACUUCGAGCGCUUUAGAGUCAUGGCUUUCGACAAUGAAGAAGAUGCCAUUGCAAUACAAACAAAACAAAAAUCCGACGAAGGAGUUGAGAGAAUAAAAAGGGCGUUCUUAAAUGAUGUACAGAACAUACCGUUGUUUUUCAUCGUCGGUUACUUGUAUAUUCUAACAAACCCACAUGAACAGACAACCAAGCAACUAUUCAUGUUGUAUGCAAUAUCAAGAAUAGCAUAUACUGUUGUUUAUGCAGUAUUUGUGAUACCCCAACCUGCCCGUCUACUUUCUUUUAUGAUGAGUUUUGGAAUUUUACUGUAUUUAACUGUGAGAUGUUUACAGUUUUAUUGUUGA